AUGUGGCAGAAUAAUAAAGUUUACUCAAUCGAACCGAGAGUUUAUCCGCAACUAUCCGCUUUGCUGCCCAGCAUGUAUGAAGACAAAAUCCGCACCGCAAGAAAAGAUAAAAAUAAACUAUUGCUCUCCAUGGACGAAAGUGCUCCAAUGGACGUACCGAAUAAUGGAAACACUGAGAAAAUCCCGAACGACAUUGAAGAGUUAACGGUCGAGCAUCUAGAUGACACUCUGGAUUGCGUCUUCAACGACCUGAGACAGGAGAGAUACUUAAUCCAACAUCAGGAAUUGAUGGGUAUGACGGUGACAUCAGGGAGCGUGGUGCUGAGCAAAGACGAGAAGAAUCUAAUAGGCAUCAGCAUAGGAGGUGGUGCACCCUUAUGCCCUUGCUUGUAUAUUGUGCAGAUCUUCGACAACACGCCAGCACAUAAGGACGGCACGUUGCAAAGUGGCGACGAAUUGGUGGGCGUCAACGGACAGACCGUUAAGGGGAAGACGAAAGUGGAAGUCGCCAAGAUGAUUCAGUCGGCCAAGGAUGAAGUGACGAUCAACUACAACAAGCUUCACGCGGACCCCAAACAGGGGAAAUCUCUGGACAUCAUCAUGAAGAAGAUGAAGCACCGGCUCGUCGAGAACAUGUCCUCUGGGACCGCUGACGCUCUGGGACUGUCCAGGGCCAUACUCUGCAACGACACUCUGGUCGCCAAACUCAACGAGAUGAGAGAGACUGAAAACACCUACAAGAGACUAGUGGAGAACGCUAAAAGAAUGCUGAAAUCGUACUUCGACCUUCUCCAAACGUACAAAUCGCUGGGAGACGUUUUCGCGGCCAUUGGCGUCAGGGAGCCUCAAGCCAGGGCCUCUGAAGCCUUCACCAAGUUCGGCCAUUACCACAGGGCUCUGGAGAGAGACGGCAUCAAAAUGCUAAAGACACUGAAACCGAUCCUAGCGGACAUGGGCACGUACCUGAACAAAGCGAUACCCGACACGAAGCUGACCAUAAGGAAGUACGCCGAUACAAAGUUCGAGUAUCUCUCCUACUGCCUCAAGGUCAAGGAGAUGGACGAUGAGGAGUACGGCUACAACGCCCUCCAGGAGCCAUUGUACCGAGUAGAGACGGGCAAUUACGAGUACAGGUUGAUCCUGAGAUGCCGCCAAGAGGCGAGGACCAGGUUCGCCAGGCUUCGCUCCGACGUGCUGGUGAAGCUGGAACUGCUGGACAACAAGAAGACCCAGGACGUGGCCUACCAGCUGAAGAGGUUCAUCCAGGGUCUUGCAGUAUACCACAGUGAAACAGUGGAGCAUCUGAAAGAGAACGCAUCACUAUUCCCGGUCGAGGUGGAUCUGUCGCAGAAUGCGUUUCAGUACAAAUCAACAACUCAACUCAUACAGGACGGCCAAGACGACGAGGAAUUGGAAUACGGCAAGGAGACUCGGGAGUACCAUGACGCUGAUGAGGAGGAGAGCGGGGCUGAAGAGAAACUGGCAGGCGAGACGGACCAGCUGCUGCCGAGCUUGUCAGGUGACAAGCUCGACGCGGACAGCAGCCUGUCACUGCUGACGGAACUAGGCCUGGCGGACGACUUUGGCGAGUUCCAGAAUGGCGGAAAAGCGGCGGGGAGUGAUACGGUUGGCGAUGUCUUUGAUAGGCUAAUGUCGGAUCUGGAAAUUGGGAAA